UAUCCAGUAUUUCGUCUUCGUGUAUUUCAAAAUUUGUUCUGCAAUGACCUUUAUCUGCUCAUGCUCAGACUGCAACGGUGAACUGGCUUAUAAUGUCCGUCUACCAGUAAAUUUUACCUCAUUCUCUUGCUUGCUAUUAACUUGAAUCUAAUAGUCUGUAGUGCAGGACGACCAGAGUGUUAACACGAGCCCGACCCUGACUGAGCUGGCAGUGGGUGACUACACACUAAAAGGGUGGCAGGAUUGUGGUUCGAUGUUUGAUAAUGUGAAGAGGGUCACUAUAAUGGUAGUUAGGCCGAUCAACUCUGACGUCAUUCAGAGGAUCCAUCUACCAGGAGCAACAGAACUUACCAUUCAACCACCUGAGAAGAGUUAUGCACAGCCAUUUUACGAGGAGCCCACUUCACUACCCAACGCCCUCCUGAAUAUCUCCCCUCAGCUUGUCAAGGUGACACUCUGCGAUGUUUACAUUGGCAACAGAACGGUGGAACAAAUCUUAGUAGCUUUCAGAUCAACUCACAACCUCAAACAUCUGGAGACUAUCAGGUUCAUAAGAUGCGGGACAGAUAAGCGCAUGGAUGAUUUCACCGCUGUUUGGAAUUUAUAUCAAUUCAUGGAGGUAAAGGUAGAGCAUGGCAAACCACUUGGUAAACGGACUAGUGAACAGGUAGAUGGCAUCCUAAUAGAUCGGUUCACUCAGACGACAAUUGCUCGCGAAGACGAAAUUACCGGCUAAAUUAGUGGCAACUACAUAAAUACACCAUUAAAUACUAUCACGAUCAAUUUGAACUCAUGACCCUUUUUCUACUUUGUCAAAUACAAUUGUCACCCAAUCGAGUUAUUCACCCAAAGAAACAUGUGCCUAUUUAUAAGAUAUUACACGGAUGUGUAUUCUUGACAUCGAUUUUGUGGCUCUUUUUCUUCCAUUGAAGAAAUUGUGAUUUUGAAUUCUCUCCAAAAUAAGGAAUUUCAGGGGGGGGGUCAGGAAUUUCCACGGUAAAAAUCUCAAGACCUGUAAAAGGGUCAAAAUGUUGUAAAUAUCAUAAUUGUAAGCGUUCCUAUAAGUAAGAUGGCUAAAUAUUCAUUAUUAGCAAAAUCACGGUCAAUUCUAAUUUGUAUUAGUUUUAUUUACCGCUGCUUGUUAUGUACAAAAUUAGGGCUUCAAUUUUUACAAAAAAUUAUAGAGUCAUUUGAUCUUAAAUUUUGCCCAUCAUUUCAGAUAAUCAUCUUGCUGCUGCAGAUAAAUGUUUAGAUAAGUUUCCGAGGGCUUGCAAAUCCCUGAUAGGGGCUUUGAACAUUAUUUGAUGACAGAAAAACGCAUUCUCAUGGAACAAGAGCCUGCUCAGUUAAUCAUGGAUAAAUAUUCAGAGUUAAGAGACCUGUAAAGAAGGUGAUGGAUUGCUGUGAGCUAUUUUAUAUAUCAUUCUUAAGGGUGUCGCGUUAGGGAGUUUAAAUUUGAUAAAAUGUGGUUGUUAGUUAUGGAUACCUACCAAAAUUAGAAUCCAUUAGAGUGUUCAAUUAAUGUCAUGGACAUAUGAAAUACAAACACUGAAUAACCGAUCAGGCUUAGAACAGAGAGUUAUUCAUGCUACAGUCAAGGGUCUUUUGAAAAUACCAGUUCUUCAUUACUCUUAAUAACUGCAACAAUGUUGCCUGCCUUAUCACUUAACAUCUUUCCAAGAUUUGAUGAGAUUACUAUAUUUUGAAUGGAUACUAUAUGUUAUCGUUCAGAAUUAUUUGUGUGGUUUUAUAAUUGCAUUGAAGCCCCGUGCACACGAUGCAGGGAUUUCGUGACACAAAGUGUGUGCAAAUUGAAUGAUGCAAACCUUUCUUCGAAUUUAAGGACGUUGUGGUCCUAACUCAAUCACCUAGCUCGGUGAGCGCAGGUAUUAAUGCAAUGUUAACACUGCCUCGUGUGCAAUGAGUAUUGUUCAAAUGAUGUCUGUGUCAUUAGCUUUCAUGAUUUAUUUAUUACGUUCUUUGUAAAAAAAAUUAACAGCGUGGUCUUUUCAGAACCAAAAGGGUGCUCUAAAUGAGAGCUUUGAAUGUGUAAACAUUGAAAUUCUACAAUUUAAAAAAAACAAGGAACAUAUGACAGAAAUGACAGUAAUUAAAGUACAUAAAAGCAAAUGUAUAAAUACAGAAUAUUACCACAACAAAUCUGAACAAUAACUAAAAUUAAUUUAUAAAACGAACACAAAUAUUCAGAGGAAAAGUUAUUAGUACCCUCCCUCCCCCACACACACAUCUCUAACUCGCAGGCCUAUAUUGCUUUUGUGCAUGAUAAUCUAAGACAAGAAUAAGGUAGAUUUCCCUCAAAUUGACACUUACAUCCUUGAAAAUCCUCUCUGAAUAAAGUAAGAGUUUUCCUGCCGACAAUCGCAAUAAACUCACUUUGAUUAUUAAUGAACGUAGAUACAACUCACAAUAUUUGGGUUGCAAACUUAGAAACGAUUCUAUAAUUGAUAUGUUUAAAUUGAUGAUAAUUUAAGCACGAGGCCUUAUAUGAUUUCACACAAGCGCAAGAGUUUUAGGGUAAACCUUUUGGAUUUGUAUCCACAGAUAGAAAAUGAAGGAGAUGUAUUUUGUCAUGGAGGCUUAUAUCGACCCUUUCAACAGAUCAAAUGAAUACCACUUUUCUUUCACAAAUAAAACAGUGCAUUGUGUUAUUCAAUAAAUCGUGUAUAUGACCUCUUGCUUGUGUUACGUAAAAGGUUUGUAAUGAUUUAUGAUUUUUUAUUUGGAAAGGUAAAACAAUAUUUUAUGAUAUAUAUGAGUUUGUAAUUUUGUCUGUUGAUAAUUUGUAAAUAACGUUGCCUAAAGAUAUGUGCCCAUAUAAAGCAAUGUAUUUGCAACGCAGGUUAUUAAUGAUAACUAUGAAUGUAUAAAUGUUAAAUAUCUAAUAAGCUGUUUUUCUACAAGUUCAACUGGUCAUUGUGAACUAUUAAUUCCAUGUAAGACAAUUAUUAAGAGUAAAUCAUGUAGCAUAAAGCUUGAUAUUUUAACACAUGUUUCUGUAUUUGUUAUGUUUAUUGUAUAGAGCACUGAGACAUUAUCGCAUUUUGCAAAAAUAUUCUAAAUGCACAAUGUACCACUAGUAAUAGUAGUAGUAGUUGAUUUUGUUGUUACUUCUGUGGUCUUGUUGAUGAUGUUGUUGUUGUGGCGGUAUCAAUAUAAGUAUUUGUAUUAAUUGACAUGAUCCCCUUACUUACAUUCUUUGUUUUGACCAUGUUAGCUAUCUCUUUAUUAUGUUAUUUACUAUGUUAAGUUAGUCAUUUUAGUAGUAUAAGAUUUGUAUAUUUCUCUGUGUUGAUUCCUUUAUGUGAUUAUAUUUCUCAUCAUUAUGCUUGUACAGCUUAUAGAGAAACUUAUGUUUAUUAUGCGCUUUAUAAAUAUUGUAUUAUUAUUAUUAUUAUUAUUAUUAUUAUUAUUAUUAUUAUUAUUAUGUCUAGAUGGGAUUCGUUCUGCAAUAAUUCUUUAGAAGGCAGAAUAUAUCAUGAAUUAUCCUCAACACCCACUCGAUCAAUGUUUUUGUUGGAUGCGAAAAGGUAAAAGUCCCCAAAGUGUAGAAGAAAUAGCUCUCUGAAAUCCUGCAUUCCCAUUUCCAUGAGGGCCUUUAAACAGCUCACAUGGAAUAAAGAAGAUAAUUUCAUAUACAUGUAUGAGUACAAUAAUUACCCAUAUGAAUUUUGCUCAUUUCUUACAACCGACUUUCUAAUCUAUCAUGGAAACUGAUGCUUAAUUAAUUAACAGGUGAAAUGUUU